ACCGAGGAAAUCGGCAGUUUAGGACCUUUUUGUUGAUUUAGAUUGGCAGUCAAGGUUAGGGGACGGAACGAAUGCGCAUGUGUGGUCCGCCUUUUCCUCGUCCCUAGCGUGACGUCAGGUGGGCUUCUGGACUUCAUCUGAGCAUUUAAAGGGUUCUCAGCAGAGAGUGAGGAUUACCCCCCCCCUCACCUCCCUAUGGGCAGCUGGCAAGCAGGAGAGAACCUGCAGCUCUGCCUGGCACACCACCCACCUUUGGUUUGUGCUGCACUUGCAUUGUUGCUGCUUGGGGCUUCAGGUCUAGGCCUUGGUGGUUUUAUCCUUAAUCAUGGUGAUGGGCUUCGAAAUCCUGAUAUCCCUCAGGACUGGGUCUCCUUUAUGAGAUCUCUGGGUCAGCUGACUCUCUGCCCUUGGAACAGGACAGCUGCAGGGAAACCACCGGGACCUGAGACUCAUACUGUAAAACUGCUGACUAGUUUAAAUUUAGGAGAUGAUAUCAAGAAGAACCGGACUCAACAACUACAGGCCACUGUCCAUGGUCACCAAAUGGGUCUAAGUGGCUCUUCUGCAGAGGAGCUGGUAUUGAUCACAGCCCUGGUGCCAGUAGAGAAAACCUCUGGGACUUGCCUGGUUCUCAGUGCAGCUCCCAGAAUCCUGCCCUCUAGCCAACCACCCACAUCCUGCUUAGAAGAAGGGGAGGGAGAUAUUGUGAAUCCAUAUGUUGUUGAGAGUUCUAAGCCAGAAGAUUGUUAUGAGGUCUGGAGCCAUGAGGGCCUUAUUCUCACCCAGCUACUUACUAUGGAGGAACGCGUUUUGUGUGGUUCCCGACUUCUCUACUUCAGCUGCUUUCUUCUCUUCUUCUGUGGCUUUCUGUGCUGCUUCGCCGCAGUCUGCACCCAUCCGCGUUGGGACACGUCUUGGCAGAGGGCCCAUAUCUAAACUCAAUAGGUUCAUACCGUACUUUGCUUAUAGACUCCCCCCCCCCCAGUGAUGUUUCUUCCCUCUGGGAGUCCCUUAUCUCAUGCUCUGGGGAAGAGGCCAUGAGCGAGGCGCCCGGGAUACGGAAGCAGAACGAAACACAGCUCUUGCUUUCCAGCAGGUGGCCGUCUGAUCUUUCUUUUUCCAGCUCCGGGAUUGGCACGCUGUAGGCGGUCCGGCCUCCGGAGUGGGAUCAGACGGGAGGGGCGGGGUGAGAGACCGAGGCUCAUUAAAGAUCUUUGUUAUCCCGGC